AUGCCCUACGCUCUUUCAAACUCGACCACUACCAGUAGCUGGACUACGCAUUAUUGGCCCUUGGCGAGCGGAUCCAGCAUUUCUUCGUUGGUGCCGGUCCUUAAUGCCACUACCGCUGACACUGUUUACGAAAAGGCGCCUCGCAACUCUUCCAUGACCCUGGACUACAACUGUACGAGUCUUGCCAAUACAAAUGUGCCUGGAAACACGACCAUCGGCCACUUUCACAACUGUUCAAUCACCUCAGCCCCCCUUGAAAUCUCGUACAACACAUCCUUAAUCAUGAACUCAACGGUCUAUGGGGACGUCACUCGAAACUUCACCAUGACGCCCGUGUUCAGCAAACCCACUGAGCCCACUACUACGACCCUCUCAACUCUUACAGUGAGACGUACUGUUUACCCACCUGAAUCACCUGCUCCUCCUUCAGGUACCCCGCCACAAACCGCCACCACCACCGAGACUCCUGUCCUGUACACCACAGUUGUACAGGUGCCUACUGAACUGACAACCACUUACUGCGUCACUACUGUCAUUACUUCUCUUGCCAAUGUCACCACUGUGAUGACCAGCAAGUCUACAACAACAACCGUGUUUGUGGACAAGACUACAACGGUGAAAACAUGUCCUGACAGUGAACUUCCUACUUCUACUCCAACCGAUGAGCCCCUUACCCCAAAACCCGAAGAGCCAACCACCACCUUCUCGAUAACUUUGACACAGACCUUCACUAUUGACAGUACCACCGUCAGUUUGAACCCUACGCGUCACACCAAGCAACCUAUUCCUCGUCCCUUUGCUCAGACUCUGGAAUCUAUCGGUCUCCCUGAGGUUUUUACACCUGAGAGGCCUAAUCCCACACCUAUUCCUGCUGAACAUGAGCCAUACACACCUCCAGUUAUUCCUAACCCGCCUUCCAAGACUUUUUCACUGUCACCACCUGCCCCUAUUUACAUUGAUGACCCAGAUUAUAAACCUCAACCAACGCCCGAUAAAGAACCUGCUCUAGAGCCUAUCCCUGAGCUCUUGCUUGAAUCAACACCUACACCUCCGCCUCCCUCUUCUCCUGUGACACUAAUCACACCCCACACUUCUCGACCUAUGGCUAUUGGGCACAAUGGAGGUUUCUCUGUUGCACCCAGUGUCGUCCUGCUUUUUUUUUGUCACUUUAUCACCCUCAGCAUUUAA